GCUUUUUGCCUUCAUGAAGCGGUGAACGCAGAAGACGGCACCUGGAGAAACGGGGAGAGAAGAGGAUCGGCUUAAUCGGCAACAGGGAAUUCUUCAACGCCUGGCAGCUCACCAUGGCUGUUUCUCACUGGCUCCUCGCUUCUGGGCUCUUUCUGCUGCCCUUCACAACCCAGGUUUCAGCGCAGCAACGAGGAUGUUCUGUCAGUAAUAGCCAACCAAGUGUUUAUGAAAAUAACCCUCUUGGCUACGUGGUGACCACUAUCCAUGUGGAACCAAACUUCACUGUAAUCAUUGAUCCUGCUUCCCCCGAUGUCAGUUUUUUCACUAUACAGGGCUCCGAGCUGCAGCUGAAGCAAAGCGUGGACUACGAGACCGAUCCUUUGCUGCUGGUGUACCUGAUCUGCCAGGACGCUGCUGGGCAGAGCGAUUCUUUAGAAAUUCUUGUGACCAUUCUCAAUAUGAACGAUAACAGCCCAGAGUUUAAGCAGAUGAAUCUCACCGAAGUUGUUCCCGAGGACGCAAAAGUGAAUGCAACCAUUGUAGCCCGUGAAGAUUUAAGCGCUAGCGAUGCUGACCUGGACACCAUAUUUUAUGAACUCACAACAGUGUCGGGCACAGAAGGUUAUUUUGCCAUAAAAGGAGUUAAUAACCCAGAAAUUUAUUUACAAAAAGCAUUGGACUACGCGAAGUUUAAUUUGACAACGUUGGUCUUGUAUGCAACGGACAGGCCUGUGGGCAGCACCGACAUCACCAACACAGCUACUGCAACAAUAAACAUACUUAUCAAACAAGCUGACACCAAAUCACCCUGGUUCCAACCCUGCAACUUCAUUAACGCGGACAAGAGCAUUUGCAUCAGCAGCCCCUACGCUGGGAGGGUCAAUAUCUCCGAGAUGUCGACGGAACCACUCAUCCUAGAGCCGGGACCUAUCUAUGCUAUUGAUCCUGACUACACUUUAAACGAAAAAAUCCUGUACAGUAUUGUUGGUGGGAAUGCAGACGACGUAUUCUCAGUGGAUGCAGACACAGGGAAUCUAACUAUGAACAAAGCAGUAACUUCCCCAGACUCGUACCUAUUGCAAGUGAUGGCCACCCAGGUCAACAACAUACAGAAAUACUCCAUAGCCAGUGUAGAGAUUAAGGUCAUCAAUAAAAGUGAUUAUGCACCAUACUUUGAGACCAAGAUCUACAACGGGACGGUAUUUGUUGGUCUGGCCCCAAGAAGCUUUGUCUUCCAAGCUGGGGAUCCUUCAAGCCCCCUCAUAAUAACAGCAGUGGAUGAUGACUUCCCUAAUAAGGUCAACCCGAACAUUGAGUACUACAUAAAAAACAGCACCGAUUUCAUUGCAACCAAAGAUGGACUCAUCCUGACAAACGUGGUGCUACAGUCACCAGGAAUGGUAACCAUCGAGGCUGUUGGAAAAGAUACGGUGAGCAUGCAGGAGGCGAGCACUGUAAUCGUGGUGCAGGUCAUCCUUGCUGCAGCUGUAACCCCCUCUGAUAAGAUAUACACUGCUCAGGAUAUGGCUAUCUUAGGUGGCACGUUAGCAGCACUGCUAUUAAUUGCCUUACUCUUCCUUGGAGUGAUGAUAUACAAACGGUAUGGAAAACCCGUCAAAUACCUGAUAAGGAAAAGGUUCUCCAAGGAAAUCUCUCAGGCUUACCAGAACCAAUCUUACAAUCAAGAUGAACACCCAGAUGUGAGCACCCAACAGCAUGAGACGUCAGAAAGUGGCAAUGUCCAGUCGAUGACACAUGUGCUAGAGCAGCCAGCACUUUCCUUACCCUCUUCCAAUGCAGAAGUAGUUCAUAGCCUCUCAAAGGCUUCUAUAGCUUCCACCAUCACCUUUGCCCAGGAAGAGAAAGAGAAAGAAGUGGGAGAAGAGAAAGAGGAAGAAGAGGAAGAAGAAACUGAGCCUGAGAAAGAAGUGAAGUCUAUCCUCAAGACAGACAGGCAUGUGGCAGAUGAUGGCUACAAAGCCGUGUGGUUUAAGACCGAUGUGGAUCCAGAUGCUGGAGAGAGGGUUGAAGUGAUUGAAAACAAUGCAGCAGAUGAUGACGGUGACAGUGACCAAGAUCUGCAGAAGAAUGAGGAGGAUGAGAAAGAAGAUUAUGACGAGGACGAUCACCACAGCGGGUUGGGAGUGUCCCUUGCCUGAGGGAGCUCAUCACCCCCAGCUGCAGAAGUGACAGUCAACAUGUCUCGCGCAGAUGCAGUGACAGAAGAUGACAAUGGCAUAUAAUGAAAAUAGACCUGCACUCUCCCCCCAAAAAUGAAGGAGUCUCAGCUGCUUUGCUGACGUGAAGCCCAUCUUUCUGCUCACGGGGGAGGAACUGGACUGCAGGAGGUUGCCUGUCCUCCGUGUCUGAAUGCAGAGAUUAAAGCCGGCAGAGAUUACAGCUAAUUCAACCCUUGAAAUAUCACUUAGGAUUUUUGGGGGGUGGGGGAACACAUGUCUCCACCUUCCUGCCUGUUCCCCCGGGGUCCCUCACCUCCCAUUUCCCCAACUGGCUCCAGGUACAGCAGAGAUGUAGCCAAACUGACUUUGAAGCAGUUAGCCCAGCUCACGGUAGCAAUUCAGUUCCACAGCCCAGCGUUCCUCUCCUCUCGGUGAGUCAAUAAGCCAGCACUGACGGCGUGGCUGUUCCCUUUGGGGUGUCACAGUUUGACGCCAGGGUGUGAGCCAGCGCAAGGCACCCUCACCCUGCAGUCGCUCGUACGGCUGUAUCCAGGGGCUCCCUUCAGGGCUUGGCUCUGCUCGCCGCCGUGCCGUGCUCCCGGCCCGAGCGGCUGUGGCGUGUGCCACUGUGGUCCUCGUCCUGCCAGCAGCCGGGAGUUUACAAGCCCAGGAGCUGCUGUUGCCUCUUUCACCGGCAAGCAAGGACUGAUCACACGUUCUUUCCUGGAGGACUUUGUCAUCAAUUUUUCUAUGCCAUAAAACCGCUAGUUGUGCGGUACUGCUUUAGCUGUCUGGCUCCUAGCUGUCAGCAAAAAGAAGAGCUCCUGCCUACAAAGUGCCGGAGGUGUUGGCGGCUCUCUGGACUUUGGCAGCGAGGGGGGGUAUCAUUCCAGGGGUGCUGGCUGUGGGGUCCCAUCGUUUCCCUUGCCCAACAGGGCUCAGGGUGUCCCUUUUACCAUUGCUGCUGAGGGUGGGGGUCAGCAUUGUCUCCAAGUGUCUGUUCCUCUCUUGCCUCAGCUGCCAAGCCUUUCGCACACCACCUUUCUCCACUCAUGAGGAGCCCAGCAGGCUCUUUUGCUGGUAAAAUACCAUCUUUGAAGCUUCUCCUAGAGCCAAGAUGCAGCCUGAGAGCAGAGGUGGUUCACUGAGAGCACGUAGCUCUGCUGUGCUCGGUUUGUGAGCCCAGGCUCUGGCUGGAAAGCCUGCUGACCUCUGGAUUGACUUCAUCGUGUGACAUCAUAGCGUGUUGGACCCCUACUCCCUCUUCUUGCAGCAAUAUUGUCUUCAGUUUUAUGGUCCUGCCAUAAAGGCCCAAUUCAGCCAAGUGAGCAGUCCGUUUCCAGGCAGCAUGGGGAAGGGAGGGCUUUGAUGCUCUGGUCUAGAUUUACACCUCCCACCCCUUCCCCUGCCUGGCAAUCAAAAUCUGGGCUGAUUCCCACUGGCUGGGAAUAUGGCUGUGUGCAUUUGCAUCUUCUGAUCUAGCAGCACAAAAUUUGUGCUGGUGCUGGUUUUCUCAUUUUAGGGCUAGCUACAGGGCUGACGUGGGCUGUUGAGUGUUUAAUUUCCAGUAAGAAGCUCAGGAGUGUCCAGGCAGGGAUGCAGCAGAAGGAGCUUGGGUCACUUCCUCAGCACAACAGCACAGGAUUGCACCAUGAGAAGUCUCCUGGUAAAGAAGCAAAGCCAGUAAAUAAUUCUGCCUUUUCCCUACAAGCCAAUCUCCACGUUGCUGCCAUUGCUCCAGAUAAGCCCUGGAGAGAGAGAAAGCAAAGCACGGCUGCUGGGAUCCGCACGUACACCAAAGCACGAGGAGGCUUUUAUCCUCUUGGUCCAUACGUUAUUUCUGGACAUCUCCCUGCCCGGGUUUUGCAGGGCUCGGUUCUGCUCUCCUUUCUCUGAGGAGAGCUGCCCUCGCUGUGUGGACGUCAGGAGCUGCGCUUCUGCUGAAGGUGGAGAUUGAGAUGUGGAAAGCCUUCCUCCGUACUGCAAUAAAGCUAGCUGCCCAG